GAUGGAGAUGGCACAAUAAAUUAUUCACCAUUUCACAGUUUACAACAAAAUUAAUUAACGUAUUUUACAAUAAUUUUGCAUAUAUAUUUGUCAGUUAAUUUCUAAGCAGUGAUUUUAUAAUUUAUUAGUUAGUGAAAGAAUCACGUAAGGAAAUACGUGUACCUAACGUGAUAUAAAAAUAAAAUAAGACGCUUAAAAAAAGACGUUUUCGCAGUGUAACAGUAGUGAUAUGUUGAAUUAUUAAUUAAAUUUAUUCAGUUAAAUCUUCAAAAUGAUGAAAUUAUUAUUACGAUGUUUGUUUUCGCCGCGCUUGUAUAGGAUAUAUGGUCAAGGUCCGGGUGAGGGUAUAUAUGAACCAAAACGGACUGAGAAAGUUGCUGACAAAAUUAUAUCAGUGGUGCAUACAAUAGCUAAUAUAGGCAUGUACACAUCUCCCAUUAUUUGUAUGUACAUUUAUAAAAGAGGCUUCUUUUCUUGGGAGGAGAUAAACUUUCUUGCAUAUUUAUUUGGUAGUAUUUCAUUGUCUUACCUGGUUCGAGCAUUUGGGAGGGCUUCGAAUCCUACAUAUGUCGAGUUUAUUAAUACUCUCGAUAGACCAGUUGAAGAUCGAAAAGCAUAUUUUGAAAGCCUAAGGAAAUAUGAUUUUGAAUUUAAUGUUUGGCCUGCAACAUUCACGAUGCCACCUACAUCUAGUUCAAGUUGGUUUGAGAAUAAACCAUUUAGCAAAUGUGCUAAUCCAGAUUUGCCGUAUUAUCACAGAGUCACUAUUCAACUGCUUGCAUAUAUAGCAAGUCACACAUUUGCUCUAAGACUUAUAUAUCCAGGCACUAUUGGUAUUAUCCAGAAUAUGUUGUGGAUACCACUAUUUGAAGGCAGGACAUAUCUUGUGGAUACUUUCAAUGGAAAAAGAGCAAAGAUAUUAACUGCAGAUAGAAAUACAAUAGACACAAUGUUUGUCGACAACAGGCUUGAUUCAUCAAAGGGGAAAACACUUGUUAUUUGCUGUGAAGGCAACACAGGUUUCUACGAAAUUGGAAUUAUGACAACACCCAUUAAGGCAGGUUAUUCAACAUUGGGGUGGAAUCAUCCUGGUUUUGGUGGAAGCACUGGGCUCCCAUUUCCACGACAAGAGCAACAUGCUAUAGAUGCUGUUGUGCAGUAUGCCAUUAAUGAGCUAGAGUUUGAAGUGCAAAACAUUGUAAUGUACGGCUGGAGUAUUGGGGGCUAUCCUGCGGCCUGGGCAGCUGUUAACUAUCCAGACAUCAAAGGCUUGAUUUUGGAUGCUUCAUUCGACGAUUUGCUGCCAUUAGCUUGGAAUCAGAUGCCUGUAUCUUGGACACUGUUAGUAAAGGAAGUGGUCCGCUCGUUUGUAGACCUGAAUAUAUCUGAGUUAUUAAAUAAAUAUUCUGGCCCUGUUCAACUAGUCCGGAGAACGGAAGAUGAGGUCAUUUGUCUAAGGCCCGGACAACUCUCCACUAAUCGUGGGAAUAAUUUGCUUAUCAACCUGUUGGAAAAACGACAUCCUUACAUAUUGGAAGGAGAUAUAAUGGAGAAAGUUAAAGCAUGUACUGCUUUGUCUGAUCAGCAACGCAUUGUGCUUUCGCGGGAAAAUAUCCCUGAUGACAAGAAAAAAAUUCUACAACUGAUAUCAAAGUACCUGCGAGACUUUCGAUCGACCCACUGCACUCUAUUGCCCGAAGAUAUUUUCGAUGCUUGCAUGGAUAGCAUCAAUAAUAGUAAAUAAUUAAUUUUGAAUUUAUAAUAUUGCAGGAUUGCUUUAAUCGCGACCUGCUGGCUUUUUAAUUUUAUUAUUUUAAAUAGGAAUUAUCAAUGUGUACAGAUAGGACCCCGCGUAUAUGAAAAACAUUCUGCACUCUAUUGCCAGAAGAUAUUUUCGAUGCUGUCAAUAAUAGCAUCAAUAAUAGUAAAUAAUUAAUUUUGAAUUUAUAAUACUGCAGGAUUGCUUUAAUCGCGACCUGCUGGCUUUUUAAUUUUAUUAUUUUAAAUAGGAAUUAUCAAUGUGUACAGAUAGGACCCCGCGUAUAUGAAAAACAUUCUGCACUCUAUUGCCAGAAGAUAUUUUCGAUGCUGUCAUGGAUAGCAUCAAUCAUAGUAAAUAAUUAAUUUUGAAUUUAUAAUACUGCAGGAUUGCUUUAAUCGCGACCUGCUGGCUUUUUAAUUUUAUUAUUUUAAAUAGGAAUUAUCAAUGUGUACAGAUAGGACCCCACGUAUAUGAAAAAUAUUCUGCACUCUAUUGCCAGAAGAUAUUUUCGAUGCUGUCAUGGAUAGCAUCAAUAAUAGUAAAUAAUUAAUUUUGAAUUUAUAAUAUUGCAUGAUUGCUUUAAUCGCGACCUGCUGGCUUUUUAAUUUUAUUAUUUUAAAUAGGAAUUAUCAAUGUGUACAGAUAGGACCCCCGUAUA